UUGUAUGAUUAGGAAAAGCCUUGCUGUUGAUAAUGAGGAAAACCUGCGAGCCAGCCGUGCUCGCGUUUCAAAGCUACACGGUGCUCUGACAUUGCUUUGCCUUUGGAUCCUGAACAAACAAAAGUUUUUACUGUUUCUCUAGGGAGCAUUUAGGACAAUGAGGCUUGUCUUAAAUUUUUCUCUUGCAGGCUUUGCAGUGAAGGUCUCAGGGGCGCAGGUACUGCCCGCGGGAGCCUAGGAGCAGUCCACACACCCGGCGCGCAGACACCUAUUGGCCAGGGGAUCCUGGACCUCAACCAACGCCCCCCACCCCCAGCCGGUCGUCAUAGCGACGGAGCACGCUAACAGCGGUCUGAGGAAGGCGGCUUUCUGGACACAAGGGACGAUGGCGCGGAACCUAUAUGGCCCGCGAAUCCGGAUAGGAAACUGGAAUGAGGACGUCUACUUGGAGGAGGAGCUCAUGAAAGACUUCUUAGAGAAGAGAGAGGAGGGGAAACUUCUCAUUCAGAGAAACAGAAGACUGAAAAUGCAUCUUUUGAGACCGAUGCAGCUUUCCGUAUCUGAAGACGGAUAUAUUCACUAUGGCGACCAAGUGAUGCUGGUGAAUCCUGACCACCCAGAAAGGGAAGAAGCCAGUGUGUUUCUUGGCGGGGACCUGAGCCUGUGCAUGACCCCAGAUGAGAUGCAAGCUCACUUGAGUGAUGAGCUGCAAUUACCCUGUGGUUUGAGUGCCGCACACACCACGGCCCCGGUCGGCAGAAACACUUUUGUCAUCCUGAGUAUAGGCAGAGAUGCCACUGGCCAAGUGCUUCGGUAUGGACAGGACUUUUGCCUUGGGAUAACAGGAGGAUUUGAAAAUAAAAUGCUGUAUUUAUCCAGUGACCACAGGACCCUCCUGAGAUCGGCCAAGAAGUCCUGGCUCCAGGAGGUGCACCUGACAGAUGAGGCUUCGCACCUGGCCUGGUGGCAGGCCGCCUUCCUCGACCCCCAGCUGCGCCUGGAGCAUGAGGGCCUCCCAGUCCAGGCAAAUGAAAAAAUUCUCAUCUAUCACCGUCACACAAAUCGGGGCCUGGCAGCCCACCGGCACCUUUUCUUAAGGACCUAUUUUGGGAAGGAAGCUGAGGUUGCUGCUCACACACAUCUGGAUUCACACAGAGCUGAGAAGCCAAAGAACUACUGGAUGUUGGUCACUGGGAACCCGAGGGAUGCCUCGUCCACCAUGCUGGACCUGCGUGGACAGCCGGCAGAGGACACUGGAACCGUGGGGCUGGCUGUGUGCCAUCACACACAGUGACAUGUCAGCACAUACCUGUUCUCCUGGGCUUGGCUCUAUCAGAUGCAGCUUUAAAGGACAUUGCCAUCAUGCCUUGAGCUGCUCUAGGUAAAGUGGAGAGCUCUCUGAACACAAGAUUAAAACAAAGUCUGUAUUAAGAUCACUGAGUCCAUGGUAGGGGAGGUCACAGGGCGACACAGGUGAUGGGGGGUUCACACAGCUUUUGGGAACAAAUAGCAUUGGAAAUGACAAAGUGGGGGCUUUUUUGUCAAUAACCAAAUCCUGAAGAACUCAGCAGCCCCUGCUUGGAGGCUGACCCACAGCAGGUCCUACCAGGACACUUACUUCCGGGAGCUGUAUGUAAGAAAGCUGCAGGAACAGAUGUCAUGGCCCAGCUCUUUGCCCUCCACUGUACAGUGGUGGGUAGCUAUGGGCCAAGGCCUUGCCUUGGAAUUAAAAAUGUCCCUG